GGAUUUCUGCACGCGCUCCAUCAUCCACACGAGUCAGAUAUUUGUGAAAUGUCAUAUUUACACGGAACAAGUUUUAUCCCGCUGCAAACGUGAAAGGUUCAACCGAGGGGAACAUUGGUAGCGUAGAAAAGGAAAAAAUGAGGAAGGAAGUGACUGAAUAAUAUUCUCCCGCAUUAAGUUUGGUGUUAGUAGUACUAUGUAACCUCUGACAAAGAGACUGUAUUAGGUUAGAAAAGGGGCGUGACAGCUGGUGGUUUGCAGGCACAUUCACGGUUUGGUCGGCUGGCGGAGAAUGGGAGCGAGAGCAGCGCUGCAGAGGGAGGGAGGGAGAGAGGAGGAGGAACUACUGGUGGAAAGAAAAAAGUUAAAGUAAAAAUGGCUUCCUUGUCUUUGGAGUCUGCAGAACAAUCUGAGAACAGCCCAGAGGAGCCAACGGCACCGGUGACCAAAGAAGAGAAAGAUCCAGUUCAGGUUUCGGAGGAAUUGCUCCAAAGUUUCCAAAAGUCGGCUCUGAGUUUUUCCACUGACCAAGUAUCAUGUCUCUGCGAGGCCCUUCUGCAGGCGGGCAAUGUGGAUCGCCUGUGGAGAUUUCUAUCCACCAUACCUCCUUCGUCCGAGCUGCUACGUGGCAACGAGACCCUGUUGAAGGCCCAGGCACUGGUGGCUUUCCACCGGGAGGAAUUCAAGGAGCUGUACGCCAUCCUAGAAAGCCACGACUUCCACCCGUCUAACCAUGGGUUCCUGCAGGACCUGUACCUGAAAGCCCGCUACAAGGAGGCGGAGAGGUCCCGGGGCCGCAGCCUGGGCGCAGUGGACAAGUACCGGCUCAGGAAGAAGUUCCCCCUGCCCAAAACUAUCUGGGACGGAGAGGAGACCGUGUACUGUUUUAAGGAGAAGUCGCGAAAUGCGCUGAAGGAGUGUUACAAGAGCAACAGGUACCCCACUCCGGACGAGAAGAAAAAUCUGGCCAAAGUUACCGGACUGUCCCUCACACAGGUCAGCAACUGGUUCAAGAACCGCAGGCAGAGGGACAGGACCCCGUCCGGGACCCACAGCAAAAGUGAGUCUGACGGGAACCACAGCACAGAGGACGAGGCGAGCGCCAUGGAUGACACCCCCGAUAAACCGGAGGAGGCCUCAGGCUCCACGGCCUCAAUCAUCUCUCUCUCUGCAGUCCCCUGUAGCACAGGGAGCCAGCUCAUCCUCAAUGGGUCCAGCGGCUUCCUCACGGCCACCCAGCCUUUACUGCUCAACGGGAAUUCCCUGAUCUCCAGUACCGGCACAGGUGUCAUAAUUAACGGGCUGAGCUUGGGCGAUUGCCAGACAGUCACGCUGAGUCCCGUCACAGCCAGCUCUCCUUUGAUACUGAACGGGGCUCAGGUAAUAACCAAAUCUAGUGUCAGUAUGCAGCAGCAGCAGCAGCAGCAGCAGCAGCAAGCAGUUUCUGUGGCAGAGCAGGUAUCAGCCAUGGAGGCCAAGCCGAGCAGUCUUCCAGCAGUCGUUCUUAGCAACACCACCACACCGGUCUCAAACCCUCCGUCCAUAAUCUCUCUUCCUCUGCAAACCAGGACAGACAGUGGCAGUGCAAUGGAUUACAUCAGUGUGCCAGAGUCAGAGGGCAACAGCCAGACAGUAUCUUCCUCCUCUUCAUCUUUGUCCCCUGCUUCACCAACUCUGUCCUCCCCAAACGGUCUCCCUUCACUAGUUUUAAAGCAAAACACCCAGGAGUCCCUCACCCUCCCGGCCUCUAUGUCGUCUGCUAGUGUGGAUAUCUCCAGUUCUGCCGUGCCUCUCUCCAGUCAGCAUGGGGAGUACAUUGUCUUGGCCACCACCGGCUCCCAGAUGAAUCCUCCUAAAUCUGUGGUUUCCUCCAGCAGCGUCACCCCUCAGGUCUUCUCUCUGCCCCAGGUUGUGCCUUCGAUCCAGGGUAUACCAGUGUCCCAGCUGGUCCAGCACUCCUCAGGAGCCCAGGUGCCCCAGUGCCCUCAGUUGGUCCCAGUAUCGCCCCUCACGUCACCAGCUCCUCCGUUUCAAAGCCCCCAGGCGGUGACCGCUGGCAACAGACUGGUGCAACAGCAGCACGACACCUCAGCAGCUCUGCCUGAAGGUGCCACAACCGUAGUCUCUAUCCCACAGCUUAACAACAGUCAGCUGCCGCAGCGAAUGGUGCACCAGCUCGGGGAACAAACCACAAACUCCACACCCAGCAAAAUCCAGCAGCAGGUUAUUUCCAUCACCUCCCCAACACAAGUUGUCCCAGUCCCCCAGGCUAAAGGCACCACACCAACUCAGUUAGUGCCGCUCUCCAUGCCUCAGCUGGUCCCGGUGUCUUCUAUCCAAACCUCCUCCACCAUCUCUUUCCCCCAAGUGGUGCCUGCCAGUCCUUCCCUCUCCAUCCCCUCUGCUGGAGUGCCCUUACAGAUCCUGACAUCAGGCCCUGGAGCUGGAGCGGUCGCACAGAGUCCUCUCAGGAUAAACCAGCUGAGACCCAUUCAGAGCGUAGGUCCCCCAACCAGCAUGGCCCCCGGGGUGCAGCUGCUCAACUCUGGGAUCAUUCAGCUACCCUCUGCUCCUCCAGGUAACCUCCUCCUCGGUGGAAGCCCCUACCUGAGUGUCCAGCAAGGCAAGCUGAUUCUGACCAUCCCAGCAGGCAUUCAACUCACUAGUUUACCCCUGAAACCAGUCCCAGAGGCUUCAGCCAUCCCUGCUAAUGGGCUUAGCCCCGUUCUCACGCCCUCCACGCCUCCUGUGGCCUCCCAGCCUUCAACCACCUCAGGCCCAACCCCCGGGAGCCUCACAUCAUCUCCUCUGAACUUCAUCAGCUCGUCUCCACCGUACUGUGCUGCGGAGACCGGGGCCGCAGCCAGCCAGACGCCUGCCAACCCCUCCCCUCACACGCUGGACCAUUCGGUCACCCCCACAACACCAAACACUCUCACCCCAGAGAGCAUGCUCACCCUCAGUCCCAUGUACAGCGGAGUCACACCCAACGCCCAGUUGUCCCAGCCAGCGUGGAGCCCCGUGCCCCUCUCCACCUCAGCCAGUCUAACUCUGUUUGAUGUCCGCAGCAAAGGCGACCUACCUGUAGACCCGGCUUUGUUGGGUCUCCCUGGAGGAGAGUCACUGCUUCUAGGAAGCCCCUCUCCGGAGCAGGAUGUGGAAGCCAGCUCACCACUUGGGAAUCCAGAGGAGAUGGAUGGGGACUCCAAGAUUCUUACUCAGCUGCAGUCUGUCCCUGUGGACGACGAGCUGGGCUUGUAGUCCCCAUGUAGCAACCCCAUGUCUCUAAAAACAAAAACGAUGAAACACACAGUCAGUUACAGACUCUGCUGUGUGUUUUUAUAUUAAUCUAAAAGACUUUAUUCCACAUUGUCAGUCCUCAAAGACAUAGGUCUGUCUUUUACAGUAUGUUGAGGUUCUAACACGUACAAUGAUACUCUCUCAGUAGGACCUGAUGCCAUCAUGGUCUUGGCUGCCACUUUUGAGACAAACCCUCUGCAGCUCUGUCUCACAUGGAUGGGAAAGAUUAUAUGGGAUAUUCACCUGUUCAACACCAGAAUAUUCCUGUUUCUGCCUGAGAAUUUUGUGUCUCAGAGUUUUUUUUUUUUUUUUUACUAAAAUCCGCAUGUGCCUUACCGGUUUCAUCAAAUCCAGACAGAAGAACUAACACAGCUUGGUCCACUUACAGGUCCUGGUGUUUUUUUUAAAAAAAUACCAUAUUAUACAAGACUUCAUGACUUUGCCUAGUCUCUCAGCUCCUCUUUGCAGUUCUUUGGAUUGUGCUCCUUGGAAAAAGAUGUCUGGGGAUUUUGCUGGCAGUAGAAGUAGUUCGUUGAGGAUCCACCACAAUGGCUACACACCGGACUAUCUGGCUAUGGGACAAGUCUUGAAAUAGUUGCCUGCCUGUCCAGAGCUCAAAGAGAUUCAGGAGUCUGGUUUGGUUUUCUUUUUUUUGUUCACAGCCUGAACACAUUCUACCGACACUCCAGGAAUAUAGUGAGGAUUAUAUUGCUCACAAACAGAUGUGAGCAGAGUAGGUUGAGCUUUAUGUGAUUCGGCUGAAAUUAGUUUUCUUCAACUAUUAUUACAUCACAGCUUCGAGGGCGAUACAGUGUUUUAUUAUUACACGUUUCUGAAGUCUGGGUUUAAACAUGCAGCCUGCUGCCCUGCCUUAGCAAAAAUAUACCACAGGAAAUAAAAGGGUUUAUACUCUAUGCAAUGCAUGUUUAGUACUUUAUAGGACACUAAGUGGCACAGUGGUGGAGUCAAAAAGCCAGUGCACUUGGGAGAUGAAAAGCUUUAAAAUACUGAGCUUUUAAAUGGGGCGUGACAGUGCAUUACACUAAAACAUUUGCUGUGAUCCUGCUAAGUGACAUUUAUUGUCAAACGCAUCCAAAAUCUGAUCAUUCAUCUAUACUGAUAAGUGCCUUAUUUUAAAGCAUCUGAUGUUGGAAAAACAAAAGGUUUUGACAUUUUACAAAUACCCACAUUUCUGUAUCUGUUCGAUCUCCAGUGAAACAUAAUGUGACAGUUUUGGUUGCAUAGUCAAAGCUCUAUCUCUCUUUUUUGUAUAUUUUGCACAUUUCAUUCACACAAUGUUUACGCUGCGCUGCUGUGUCAUUAUGACAGUGGUAGGACUCAUUCUGUUUAGAAAUGUCCUGUUCUCUCUUAAUUGGACUGUAAUAAUCUCCACUUGAAAGAACAGCUUAAGAGGUAUAUGAGAAAACUGAAAUCUGUUCAAUUUAAACCUAAAAUACAGUAUGAGCUUUCUACUGUCAUAACGCAGGUAGCAGUCAAAUCUUUGGCCAAUUAUGGUACACAAAAAUAUACUUCAGUGUCGCAUCUAGUUACAAUAAUGGUCUAUGUGUUUUUUUUUUUUUUUAAUUAGUAUGUUUGUUGUUUGUCUCUUUUGUACAUUUAAUCUAUUUAAAGCAUGUAUCAAUCAGUUUUUAGUUUUAGCUAAAUGAAAAUGAGUCCUUGGGGAAGAAAAAGCUGAUAGGAAAUGAUAUUCAUUUUCACUUGGAAGGUCACAUCGCAGUGCAAACUGAGGUUUUGCAAUCUCAGACGACAGGUAUUAAAUAAAUUUUAAGGUCAUUAACACUCAUUUUGAGAUAGGUCACCCCUCGAUAAAAUUUUAAAGUUAUUUGUUCUCAGUCCCAUUUGGGUUGAUAAUUAAAUGGCUCUGACAAAUCAGUUUUAGUCUGACUUUUACUGAACAUUCAAAUUAAUUAAGAGUAAAGGGAAAUGUGCUCUUUAUAUAUGUAAAAUAUGGUAGCUUGCGUUUGUUUAAAUGAGCCAUUUCUUACCAAAGUAUGUUGACAUUAAAGCCUGUGAGGGUGUAUGCACAUUUUUAGCCCUGUUUUGUUUGUAGCAUGGGAUUUGUUUUUACUCUCCUACCUGACACGUGACGUACACGACUCCAGAUUUAACCAAAGAUAUUGUGUGUUGAUCGACUUGUUUUUAUAGUUCUGAAAGGGAUCGUUUGUGUUUGUCAUUCCAGGUUCUUGUUUUUUUCUCAUUUUUGUAUUCAAAUGCAUUCUAUUUUUUAUAUUAUAUGAAAUUGUAAUAAACUACAUUUACAAACUG